AUGCGCAAGUUCGAGGGCGUCGCUGUCGAUGACAGCACCAGCUACUUCACCUAUCGGCCACUAUCCAAUCUCCCCACACCGCCUCCAACGGCGAGGCAGCCUCGCAGCACCACAGCGAGCUAUGCCAACGACGAUGGCGAGGCUCUGCCCGCAAUCUAUCGAGGGCCGGCAAUCCAUCUCGUCAAUCUGAUUCCCUCGACCGCAUCUCUCGCCUCCGCCUCGAUUCAUCUGGUCCAGUCCAUCCUGGGUAGAGCCAGCCUCCCCCUCGAAACGAUUGCACUGGCGGUCUGCGUUCUCGACCGCCUCGACGCGAAAUUCGGUCGCAAAUGGCGGCUUACAUGCCCUCUGCGUCCUGGCAGCAGCGAACCAGCAGCGGCAGCAGCACCCGAUGCAACGAUACGACGGCAGGUGUUUGCGCAUACGAAGCGGCACAGUCUGCCGCUCACGCCGCAGCAGCCGCGCCGGACGGCCCGCCAGCCUCAGCUCCAUAUCGACUCUGUGCAGCCCGAAAUCAUUGUCCUCGCCGCGCUCGUCAUCGCCGACAAGUUCACCGAAGACUCGGAGCAGUCGACCCAGGCCUACUGCACGACAUGGGGCCGCGGCCUCUGGUCGUCGGAGCAGCUCAAUGCCACGGAGCGCUCCAUCAUGGAGAGCCUCAACUACCGCAUCAUGCCGCUCUGCGCCGACGACUGCCUCACGGACGCCAUGGUCGACAUGCAGCUGGCCGGUCAAGACUACCGCCGCUGGGACGCGGCUGAGCCGUCCCCGCCACACAGCGACGACGGUGACAUGUCGUUCUCUGGUGAUGAGGGGGACGACUGUGAAAGCCACGAAGCAGGGAACCUUGUCUACGGCCACUCUCGCUCAAAGACAAUGGUGCCUGGCAGCGGCAUGAGAAGUGCAUCUAUCGGCCUGGGCCUCAGCUGGGCUACUGCCAUUUAA